GCAGUAUAUUGCCGAGGAACCGAUGCUGGACAUCUGUAAACUAAAAAAAAGUCGAACUAUUUGCCAGAUCCAGAAAACCGAUUCAUAUCUUUUGCUGAAGGCGCUUCUUCGCGAUAGCUAGGAAACCCCGUCGACGCAGAAGUUCCCUCAGACACAAGUAAAGAGUUUUUGCGCUACAAACAUGAGUUGAGGAACAUUGAGCCUUACGCCACUCCUUCCUGGCGCUGCCCGCAUCACGCAACGCGUGCGCAGUGUAGGCCCUUCCUGCAUUUUAGUAAUGGCGGCCCCCAUGGGGCGAGUGUCUCUCUGGUUCCAUUGCCGGUGGUUGUGUUUCCCCCUCCGUGUUGAGACCAAGCUGCGAGUCACGGAGGGCCGAUUCAGGUCCACGGAAGCUGCUGCAGCUGCACUGAAACAGCAGCAGAGCCCGGGCAACGAGGAAAUAGCGGCAGAUACUACAACUGGCACCAAAAAGAAGACAUUCAGUAAGGUCCUAGCAGAAAGACGAGAACAGGCACAAAGAACAGUGUUAAUUAAUUGCCCAUCCAAAAUCAAUGAGAAAAAAAUGCUCAAAUACUUGUCGACUCAUGGAAACAUUAAGAGUCACUUCUUCUAUGAAAGCUAUGGUAUGUAUGCGGUUGUAGAAUUUUCUGAGAUGGACAGCAUAGGUUCACUUCAGGAUGCCACUGGUACUGCACUGCUUGUGGAUGAUUCUCCUGUUCCAUUUAAAUCUAGAAUUUUUACCUUAACAUUGAAAAACCCACAAAGCCAAGCUUCCGAACAGACACCAGUUUACUGGCAUAAACAGACCACCAUUCCCGUUGGCGAGCUGGUGAAGAAACUUUGUAAUGCUAACAGUGUGAGUGAGCAGUUGAACAUGCUCACUGAGAAUUAUCAGCUGACAGAAGAAAACACUAAGCUCCGUUAUUUGACUUGUUCUUUAAUUCAAGACAUUGCAAGUGCUUACUUUCCAGACUGCGUGGUAAAGCCCUUUGGCUCUUCUGUGAACAGCUUUGGUAAACUGGGAUGUGAUUUAGACAUGUUUCUGGACCUGGAUGGAGUAAGAAAAAAGACUACCAAAAGGAACACAGGUCCUUUUAACAUAAACUAUCUAAUGAAGAGAUUACCUUCUGAACGAAUAGCAACACAGAAGAUCCUAUAUGCAAUUAGUGAAUUUAUUGAUAACUUUGGCCCUGGCUGUGUUGGUGUGCAAAAAAUACUUAAUGCUCGCUGUCCAUUGGUGAAAUUUUCCCAUCAGCCUUCAGGAUUUCAGUGUGACUUGACAACUAAUAAUAGAUAUGCCCUGAAAAGUUCUGAACUCCUGUAUAUCUAUGGCAGCCUCGACCCACGAGUGAGAGCUCUUGUGUUCAGUGUGCGGUGCUGGGCACGGGCCCAUGCGAUAACAAGUAGCAUUCCUGGCCCCUGGAUUACUAAUUUCUCUUUAACCAUGAUGGUCUUGUUUUUUCUGCAAAGAAGAAAGCCCCCCGUCAUUCCAACCUUGGACCAGCUGAAGGAGCUCGCCGAUGCAGAAGAUAAGUGUAUAAUUGAAGGUUACGACUGUACUCUUGUUAGUAACCUGAACAAAAUCAAGCCCACAGGAAACACAGAUACCUUAGAUGUGCUACUGGGUGACUUCUUUGAAUACUUUGGGACUUUUGCUUUCAAUCGUUAUUCACUGAAUAUCAGGAAGGGGAAAGAGCAAAACAAGCCAGAAGAGACUGCUCUACAUAUACAGAAUCCGUUUGAAAAAAACCUUAAUAUCAGCAAGAAUGUCAAUGCAACACAGCUUGAGAGAUUUGUCAACUUGGCCAGAGAGAGUGCCUGGCUUUUGCAGCAGGCGGGGAAGGUUCCUUCAAGCAGUUCUCAGCCUUGGGGGCUGGCAGCCCUUCUUCAAGAAUCAGCAGGAAAUGAUGCCAGAAAAGGCCCAAAAAGGAGGAGGGGACUAACCAGUGAAAGAAUCAGAAGCUUGUUGGAGUCUUUAAAGAUUAAAGAUGCCAACGGUGGGGAAAGGCCUUUUAGUACUCGAGUGUGGUAGUUGCUACAGUAUCAUCAAAACUUGAUUGGCUCAACAGAUCUUGAGUGGCCCAGGAUCUGCACGGGAUGAAUACAGUCAUACUAGUGCAACCCUCAGGUCUCCUGCAACUGGGAAGGCCAAUAUGUCAAAUGUCAACUUGCCCUUCUUGACUGUCGGCUCUACUUUUUGGUUGAGAAAUAUCCAGAUUUUUAUGGAUAAAUUUAUAUUUGAUACAGAUCGGAAAGGAGUGAAUAACAGACCCAAGAAUCUGAGUUUUUGAAAUAUUAGCUAAGAAGAAAAAAGUACAGCAAGCAAAGUACUUCUUCCUGGUUUUGUAACUGUUUCCAUACCCAUAAAUGAUACAAAGUGAAAUAAAGUGAGCAAGAGGGAGUGGUUGCAUGUAGUACUGCUGUCAGUGGAACCCCUCAGUACUGUACAAGAAAUGGUUUCUUGGGUUUUAGAAAAAGAACAAUACUGCAAGUUGUUGCCAUUGUGCUUCAAAAAUACAUUUUUAAACAGAACAUUA